AUGUCAGAGAAUGAGAGAGGGGAGGGCGGAGAGAGCAGCGGUGGCAGCAGUGGUCGUCGGCUCCCGAGCACGUGGUGGGCGGCCCUUCUGAAAGCAGCAGGGCGUCACUUGGGUUUCGAUGAUAUAUCUCUUUCACAAUCAGAACAUGUGAACGUUCUCAGUGCAUGCACCGGUUGCAGUGCCGAGUCUUGGGUUCUGAAGGCCCUCGGCAUCAAGUUUUCGGUCGUUUCAGCCUCGGACACUGAUGCUGAUUACCGGGCUUUCGUGAUGGAGAACUUUCCCAACGAGAUUCAGCACAUGUUCUGCAGUAUAGAAGAUCAAAUAUCAGUUGCAGCAGAAAGACCUUCGAAGUGCCCUUGCUUGGCAUGCCUUGGAAACACUGAAGAAGCUGUGUAUGGCGCAACCGAUGAAACUGUAGACCUCAUGGUGUGUGGCUCCCCUUGUGACCCAUACUCCGUGCAGAGACACAAGAGGCAUUGCAACGGCAACGUGGAAAGUCAUUCACUUUUCAAUACUACUAUGCGCGACAUGGUCCGAAUGUUCGAACUUUAUUCUCCGGUCGUGGCGAUCACCGAACAGGUCCCAGGUUUCCUGCUGCCUUUCCACAAGGCUACCACAGAAACGCCGUAUGACAGGCUGCUGCUGCACAUGAAGAAGGGGAACAUGAAAUUUGGUGGCUACUUCUUGGUGAAGUUCGAGAUGGAUUCUGCUCUAUGGAUGCAGAUGUCUCGGCCCAGGCGCUGCGGGUUAAGCCUGGAUUUUGGAGUAGUUUGA